ACCCAAAGAUCCAACCCCAGAAAUCGAGUCAAUUGUUUAUCACGUUUUUAAAUCGUGACCUAAAACCAGUUGCUUCAAGUCGACUGCAGUGGAGGUCCCCAGAAAUCGAUAGGACGAUGGACGACGACGAUGGAGGAGGUAAAAUCUCAUUUCUACCUUUAUUUGAUGUUUUAAUUGUUUUUUGUUGUCAUAGUGCUUUUUUGGUAUCCUCACUGUUCAUCUGGAAUGAAAAUGGUAUUAUUGUUAGAUUGUGUUGGUGUGAAUGAUAUUGUGUUAGGUGUACACAUUUAUUUGAUGUGUUCAGAUUCUUAGUGAAUGGUAGUGGUAGUAUUUAAGGCAUUGCAUUUUGGUAGAUGGUAUGUGGGUUGAAUAAGUCAAGUUGCACUUGGUUUUAGUGUGGGGCUAUUUUAUGUGGGGUAAAGUGUUUUGACUGGCAUGUGGGAAUAUUUGCACAUGGUGGUAAAGCAUAUGACAGACACUUUUAUUGGAAAGCUUCUAUUAUUUUACUGUUAAAUUUUGUUGUUUUGUUCUUUUCUUGUUGGCAGGUAUGUACUUUAGUGUAAAUAUGCACCAUGGAGGUAAAUGGUUCAUUGACAAUGGUUUGAGAAAGUAUGAGGGUGGCACUGUCACUGAGUUUGACAAGUGUCACAGUGAUAUGUUUAAUAUGAUGGAACUAGAAGGGAUGAUGAUGCAAAUUCAGUGGUGCCAUGGUCCUCUGCAUUUCUGGUUUAGGCCUAAAGAUAAACUGUUGAAUGAUGGAUUUGUGCUUAAGGGUGAUAAGGAUUUGCUGAGUAUGUUUGAUGACAUGAGAAGGAAGAGGUAUAGGAAAGUUGAGGUUUAUGUGGAUCUAUCUGGGACUUUUGGAGGGGACUGUCUUGAAUUGGCAGUUGUUGGUGGCCCUAGUCAGAAGACAACUACAGAACACUCUACAUUAGCUGGGCCUAAGUUGAAGAGAUGCAUAAUAGAAGAACUCCCUGAUGAUGCAGAUGUUGUUGUUGAUGUUCGAGUGAGUGCCCAACCUGAAUACUAUGUUAUGAGCAAGGCAGCACUUAGGAAUCUUGAGGAGGAACUAGCAGAUGAUUUAGAAGCUAGUAGUGGUGAUUCUGAGCAACAUGGUGAUGAGUUCUUCAUGUACAUGCCAGAUAUUGAAGAAGACAAUGAAGAGAAUAGUGUGGAGAAUUUAGACAGUGACUCAAGUGGAGACAGUGACUCUAGUGUACAGAUAUUAGAGAAUGUAGAAGAAAUUGAAGGUAUAUUUGGAGAAGUUAGAUCCACUGCUGAGGAUAACCCAACAGAGGCCCACACAGAAAAGGCCCAAUCACCAACCAAAAGUCCAAUUCAAGCCAGGAAAAGGCCAAGGCAAAGCCCAACCCACAGUCCCCCACAAUCCCAAAAAAGGCCAAGGCAAAGCCCAACCAACAGUCCACCCCAAACCAGAAACAGGGCAAGGCAAACCCCAAUUAAAAGUCCACCACAAACCAGAAAGAAACAAGCCCCAACAGUUUCUGAAACCCUACCCCAAUCAGCCACCCAAACCAGAAAACUACCAACCGAAUCCCCAAGUGAAACACCAUCCCAAACACCCAUCCCAACCAGAAAUACAACACCCCCAACCAGUGACCACUUUGCAACCCAAUCAGGCACCAAAACACCAACCAAAAAACCCUCCCAAACACACAUCCAAACCAGAAAUAAAACACCCCAAACCAGGUCCCAAUUUGCAACCCAACCAACCACCAAAACACCCACCAAAACACCUAUCCAAACCACCAGUAGCACACCCAAAAGCAGUCAACCUAUUGCUUCCCUAUCACCCACCAAAACCCCCACCCAAACCAGGAAAAGCCCACCCCAAACCAGAUCCCAAUUCACUUCCAGAUCACCCACCAAAACACCUGCUAAAACCACACCUCAAACCAGAAAAACUACACCCCAAACCAGGUCCAAAACUGCAUCCCAAACACAUCACCAAACCACCAGUAGCAGUGACCAUCUACCUUCCCAAUCACCCACCAAAACACCCACUCAAACCAGAAAAACCACACCCCAACCCAGUCACCAAUUCACUUCCCAAUCACCCACCAAAACACCCACCCAAACCAGAAAAACUACACCCCAAACCAGAUCCCAAUUCACUUCCCAAUCACCCACCAAAACACCCACCCAAACCAGAAAAACUACACCCCAAACCAGAUCCCAAUUCACUUCCCAAUCACCCACUAAAACACCCACCAGAACAACACCCCAAAGCAGUUCAAGCAUACCCCAAACCAGGUCCAGAAUUGCAUCCAAAACACCUCACCAAACCAGAAGAAGCACACCUAAAACCAGAUCACAAGCUGCAUCCCAAACACCAAUCCAAAACAGGAGAAGAAAACAACAAGAAACAGAAGAUCCUGACUUUGAAGAAGAAGAAUAUGCUCAAGACACAGAAAAUGCAGAGCAUGAUGAUGAAGAUGGAGGAUAUGUAGACCCUAGCCAGUGGUGGGGUUCAGUGAAUGAAUUGUGUAGCAGUCAAGCUAACCAUGAAGAGGAAGGUGGAGGAUAUGUAGAGGAAGAUGAUUUGAUAAGUUUGGUAAGUGAUGAUGAAGAUGGAGCAGUACUUGGCAAGAGGCCCAUUCAAUUUGAUCCACAAUUUAGGCCUGAAGAAAUUGUGUUCAAAGUGGGAAUGGAAUUCCCUACUGUUGAGCACCUAAGAGAGGCUUUGAAGGAGUAUUUCAUCCAGCAAGACAGAGAGUAUAAGUACAUCCACAAUGACAAGUUGAGAAUUAGAGUGAAUUGUAAAGGAGAAGGAUGUAAGUGGUUAAUGUAUGCUCGACGUAUGAGAGAUGAUACUUCUACAUUUAGAAUUAACAAGUAUGAAGAUGAACACAACUGUGGAAUUAUAUGGGAGAACAGGCUGCUAGAUUCUGAUUGGAUUGCAAAGGAAUUCUUAGAGAAGUUCAGAUUGAAUCCGAGCAUGUCAUUUGGUGAUUUCAAGAAGGCAAAUUCAGAUAAUAAGUAUUCCAAAGUCUCCCCUUGGACUUUUUACAGAGCUAAGAAUAAAGCUAUGGCUAAGGUACAAGGCACUGUGAGAGAUCAGUAUGCAAUCCUUGAUGAUUAUUGUACACAACUAGUGAGACUUAAUCCUGGAAGUACAGCUUUGAUCAAAUCCAAUUUAGUGGAUGACAAAAGGGUUUUUGAAAGGGUUUACAUCUGCCUUGCAGCUUGUAAAGCUGGCUUCAAAUUUUGCAGACCAAUUAUUGGGCUAGAUGGGUGCUUCUUGAAAGGCUAUUGCAGAGGUAUGCUGCUUGUAGCAAUUGGAAUUGAUGCAAACAACAGCAUGUUUCCUAUUGCUUUUGCUGUAACUGAAAAGGAAAACACUGACAGUUGGACAUGGUUUGCUGAACUACUGAAAGAGGACUUACAUAUGGAGAACACUGCAGAACUCACCUUCAUUUCAGAUAGACAUCUUUAUGCCAACUUUAAGAAGGAGUUUCCAGGUUUAUUGUUGAAGCAACAACUAUGGGCAUGUGCUAGGGCAACUACUGUUGAGGAAUUCAAGAGAAAGUUGGAUGUUUUAAAAGGGACUAAUGAAAAAGCUUUUGAUUGGCUAUCCAAAAAAUCACCAACAGAGUGGACCAAAUCCCACUUCAGGACAUCUGUUCAGUGUGACAUGUUGUUGAAUAAUUUGUGUGAGAGUUUCAAUUCAGCAAUCUUAGAUGGUAGAGACAAGCCAAUCAUCACAUUGUUAGAGUAUGUUCGAUAUUGGUUGAUGGAUAGAAUGCAAAAACAAAGAGAAAGUGUGAGUAAGUGGAACAAUCCAGUGGGGAAAAGGAUCUUUGACAUCCUAGAGAAGAACAAGAAAUUGGCACUGAAAUGCCAAUGCACCAAGUCUGUUGGUGGAUUAUUCCAGGUCACAGCCCCUUCUGGUGAGGUGGUAGCAACUAAUUUGGAGAAAAAGACAUGCUCUUGCAGAUCAUUUGACCUCACAGGUAUCCCAUGUGGUCAUGCAAUAGCAUGCAUAUGGUAUUCAAGGCUUCAGGUUUAUGAUUUUGUUGCUGCAUGUUACAAGAAGGAAGCCUUCAUAGGCACUUAUGCAGGGGCAAUUGCACCUAUGCCUAGUCCUGAACACUGGCCUGAUAAAGGCAAAAAUCCAAUCCUUCCACCACCAGAAACUGUUUUACCUGGUAGGCCCAAGAAAUCUAGAAAAAGAGAAGUGGAUGAACCUCCACCUGGUGCAACUAAAAUGAGGAGAUUUGGGCAGUCCAACAACUGCUCUAAUUGCAAACAGCCUGGACAUACAAAGAAAACUUGCCCCAAACCAGUACAAGUUCAGGAACCUCCACAGAAGAAAAAGAUGGGUCGUCCACCCAAAAAGAAUUUAGACCCUGAAACUGUAAAGAGAAACAUUAGGAGAAUGAAGCAAAAGGUAAUAACUUUGAUUCAUAGAAGGCCUAUUAAUGCUGAUAUGCAAUGGCCUAUUACUCCUGCUAUGAUGCAGACAUUUUCCUGA